ACAGGGAUCACCCAUCUUCAUUUUCGAGCAGUGUUAUUAGCUUACGGACUAGAACUGUUCUGAAAGCGACCAUGUCUCAACGAAUCGCCGUCAUCUUGGGAGCCGGACCAGGUGCAGGAGCCGGGAUUGCGCGAGCAUUCUCCAAGACCCACAACGUCGCUCUCCUUUCCCGAAACCCAGCUACCCUUUCCAAAACCCAAUCCUCUCUGCCAUCUACAUCCACCUCGCACCCUUUCCCCGCCGACGCAUCGGACCCAGCCUCGAUCUCCUCAGCGUGGGAAGCUAUCAAGUCGCACUGGCCUGAAGGGACGAUCGAUGUUGCCAUCUUCAAUGCACCUGGGGGCGGGUUCUCUCCGGGAGGCUUCUUGAGCAAGACUCCGGAGCAUCUGGAGAGGGGGCUGAAGGCCGGAGUAUUGGGAGCAUUCGCUUUCGCUCAGCUUUUCUUGAAGGAAGCUAAAGAAGGCACUUUGAUUUUCACUGGAGCUACUGCUGCCCUUCGAGGCGGAGCCAACUUUUCCACCCUCUCGCCAGACAAGUUUGCCCUCCGCUCGCUGUCUCAGACCCUCGCCAGAGAAUUUGGGCCCAAGAACAUUCACGUCGCCCAUACCAUUAUCGACGGUCUGAUCGAUACCGACCGCGUCGCUUCCUUUGCCGGCGAAGCUAAAGAAGCCGACGGGAGGAUCUCACCGGACGAGAUCGGAAAGGCGUAUGUGUACUUGCACGAGCAGGCCAGAUCUGCUUGGACGCAGGAGUUGGAUCUUAGGCCUUUCACAGAGAAGUUCUAAGCGGCGCGGCCGAGAUGUUAUUGGUACCCAAAACAAUUGCUAUACGAUACAGUUUUGUCUAUGCCCCAAUCUGCCAUAAUGAUA